AUGCAUAAGAUAGCAAAUAACAGGAAUAGAGCCCUGAUAAUGGAGAAUAAAAAUAUCAAUGAGGACGUGAGGGAGUUCAACUACAAGGAGAGUGUAUCAGAGAGUGAGAUGGUUAACCAAACAAGUGAUAUCUACGAGGAUGUUGGAGCAAAUGUAAUUUCAAGUUGCAGAUUGAACAAGACUAAGAAUAUUGCAGUAGGAAUAAAAGAGUACUUGAAAGGCAGACUGGAAGUACAGAAGGAAUUUGAGAUAAAGAAGGUGCAGCAGAAUGUGAGGGCGAGGAUGUUUGACCAGAAUGUGGAGGAUGGAAUCGAGUUAUUCUACUACAACAGGGAUAACUACGAAAUUGAUGAAAUCGGUGUAGAAUCAGAGGAAUCAGCCGUAGAAUCAAACAGGGUGAAAAUGACUAAUAAAAUAACAAGGGUGGAAUACUCAGAUGAGAAGGAGAAUCUGAGGCCAAGGAGGAAAAGUAGGGGAUUUGUGGAUAUGGAGGCAGAGUAUUCGGGUGAGGAUGAGACAGAGGAGGCUGAUGAGAUUGGGAAGGAGGAGUUGGAUGAUUUCAUAGACGGAGAUGAGGGGAAUAUUGAUCAGGGUGUGAAUUAUGAAUUAUUGAAGAAUGAUUUGGAUGAAGAGAAGAGGGAAGUAGAGCAGUUGGAGAAAGAGGUGUACAGGAGAUUUGAUGGAACAAGGAGAGUGAGACAGAAUGGAACAGAUGGUGGGGAAUUGGAGAAGAUUGAGAGCGAGAGUGAGGAAAGCAGUGAAAUAGAAGAAAUGGAUUUGGCUGAUUCUCGUGAAAAGGAGGAGAAUGCCACAUUUGUGGGAGACAGAAGUGUGGUAUGUGGAGUAGGACAGGAAUCAGGAGAGAAUAAGCCAGGGCUGAAGUUGAAAAAUGACCAGAUAAUCAGCAGAUUGAAGAAAACAGGCAAAAAGAUGUUUAGGGGGUUUGAUAGGUGA